AUGUCAGCUGUAUUAUUUUCUCGAAAUUUGUCAAAGAUUCUUCAAAGAUCAUAUCAUAGCACGGGUAAGCUACAGUUUCUAAAUGGUUUAUUUUCGUUUAAAUCAUCAAAUCCAUUUGCUAAAAACACAUCUUUAUUGCCAGUAAGGAACGAUAAUGAAUUAAAUGAAGCUUUAAUGCAAAGUUAUAAAGUUCCAUUAAUCUUAAAUUUUACAAUGAGGGGUAGCAAUAAUGUUCGUUGUAACGAUUUAACCGGUGCACUUACUAGAAUAGUAUUAACUGAAUUGGAUCAACCCGAAUAUCUAAUAAAUUUUGUUGAUGUAGAAACAGAUUAUCCAGAAACUAUGGAUUCAUUGUUAAGAUUUGGCGUUAAUAAUAUUCCUACGUUGGUUGCGGUAAAAAGUACUUUCCCCAUUGAUUGGUAUGUUCCUCCAUCUGAUAAAAGUAAGUAUGAAUAUUGGGAAGACUUAAGUGAGUGGGUCAAAAAAAAUGCCAAGAGGGUCUGA